UUUUCUUUCAUUUAAAUCAAAACAAAUAAAUGCCAGCAUGGUUGUGGGUAGGGAUAUCCGUAUUUCAAAAAGUUUCUGCUGUUUUCAAAAUACUCAAAAACAAAAGAAUGCCUUUUUAUGCCGUAGCCAAAGGACGUAUUCCUGGAAUUUUUAUGAACUGGCCAGACUGUGAAGCCCAAGUUAAAGGUUUUCCUGGAGCACGGUAUAAAAAGUUUGAUUCUGCUGCUAAUGCUCAAAACUUCAUAGAAACCGAAGGUGGAAGUGGUGGUAACAAACCUGCAACCAAAGGUAAAAAAUCAAAUCCAUAUCCUCCGGUUCCGGAAGCGACUACCAAUAACUUAAAUGUGCUGAAACGGCCCUUUUCUUCGUCGGCGAUUGUGCAGAAAUCUCAUCAAAGUGGUAAAUCUAGUAAGAAAAAGUCCAAGAGAGCUUCCAAUUCCAGCGACCAAGAAUCAGACACAUUUACAGACGAAGACGACUUGAAUACAAUUUUGGUAAAACAGUUAGACGACGUUGAGAAAAGGCUAAAAGGAUUUGAAAAAGGUGUGGACAAGAUCCUAAAGAAAAGCAAACCUGGUCGGAAAGCCAUAUUAAUAGAUCCACCAGGGUCCGAAAAACAGAAGAGUGGUAAUCACGAGUUCACAAUGGAUAGAAAUGGUAGAGCUCAAGUAUAUACUGACGGAGCAUGCUCUUCUAACGGCCGUGAAGGCGCUCGCGCUGGUAUAGGUGUGUACUGGGGACCUGGGCAUCCACUGAAUGUUAGUGAACCAGUUUCUGGCCGUGCUACCAAUAACUCUGGGGAGAUCCAAGCAGCGACAAGAGCUAUGCAGCAAGCUGCAGAGAAUGGUGUGACAAAAUUAACCAUUAAUACAGACUCCAAGUUUCUGAUUGAUUCUGCAACAAAAUGGAUGCCAGGCUGGAAACAAAAUGGUUGGACAUUAAAGUCUGGCGGGCCAGUGAAAAACCAGAGUGACUUUAGAGAGCUGGACCGCGCUCAGAGUAACCUGGAUGUGGAGUGGAGAUAUGUUGAAGCUCAUCAGGGGAUCCAUGGCAACGAGAUGGCUGACCAGCUGGCCAAGGAAGGUGCCUCCAGGUACCAGGGGAAUUCAAGGCAAGGAAAUAACUCUAGAUAUGGAAAUAAUUCCUUUGAUGAUUAUUAAUUUUCAUUAAGUUCAAUGUAAUGGACAAUACAAUAUAAAAUAGGGACUUGCUUUUUUUAAUUUUAUUAACAUGAGGGGGAUUUGUUUUUUACCAAUGAUUAUUUGAUGAGAUAUAAUUUUUUUAACCUUUUAAGCGCUUGGCUAAAUAUCAAUUGUCGUGCCCCUAGCGCGCCGCUACAAAUCGAUAAAAUAAUACCUACAAUAAAUAAGGAGGAGUAAUCGUUGUAUCGAUAAAAAAAAGUCAAAAAGUUUUUUAUGUUUUUAUUUAAAAUCAGCCUUCUUGUAUCACAAUCAUUCAUCUUUAAGGUGAAAGCUUAUCUCUAAGUGAAAAUUAGUAAAAUUUCCGAAAUCUAACUUAUUUUGACUAAUUCUUUGUGAGAGCGAAUGGAGCGACCGUUUUAAUAAUUCUUAUGUUUAAAGUUAUACUUGUUAAUUUAACUUUAUUUCGUAUGACACUGUUUAUUUCAUGCUGAAUGAUGCAUUAUACCUGAUUAUUUAACUGUUUGUUAUUUUGUUUUUAAAAUGCGCAUUGCAUUGUAUCCCAUCCCUAUGGUCAUAUUUAUGCGACACGCGCGAUAGACACCGAAGAAAAGUCCGAGCUGCCAAUUACUUAUUUUUGUUUAAGUUUUUUCAAUGCUUAGAGCUAUGAAACAUAAUUUUAAGUAAUUACAUACAUACAUACAUACAUAUCAUCACGUCUUACAUAUCCCUUACGGGGUAGACAGAGCCAACAGUCUUGAAUAGACUGAAAGGCCACGUUCAGCUAAGUAAUUGUUGUAAUAAAUAGCUCUAUUCAAUAAUAGUUUUAGUUAUACCACGAAGUUAAUAGGACGAUAAUAGAACGAAAAAAUCAUGGAUAUUCUCUGUCGCAGAAAUACGACACGGGCGGUAGGGGCACGGCAAUAUUUGUCGCAUAUAUGCGACUCGCGCGGUUAAAAGGUUAAUAUGUAUUUUCUGGAAGUGACAUCACCCAAAAUAUGUUUAUUAAAUCUGCAAGUUUUAGCUGUUUACAAACAGGAAAACAAGGAGUCAAAGCACUAUAAUGUAGGUACUCUCUUUAUAUAUUCUGGAUAUUAUUGAUGCAAAAAUUAACUCUUGCCAUUUUGGCGCCCUGAUACAGAUACUAAUAUUUAAACAGCAGUAGAUGGGAUCAUAAUAUCGAUAAAAAAUAUUACCAUUAAGUCACCCUUUUAAGAGUGUAAAUCUGGGGCAACGCCCAAUAAAGAAGUUGGAAUAUAAUAUUAAAUAAUUUUACCUGAAGUCAAUAGGACAUAAACAUAAUCUACACAGUAGUAUUUUUUAUUUACUGUUAUAUUUUUUGUUGUAUUGUCCAUUAACCUUUUAAAGACCAAUGGUAACAGUUUACUUUAGAAUAAGUAUUUGUUUAUUAUUUGAAUGUAUGUCAAUUGAUUCUAGGAAGUGUAAGACUUACAAGGUUAAUUAUUCCUAUCACAGGCUCUUUGAUGUUUUUACCAAACAAGCUUCUUAUAAAAUGUAUGGUGUAUUGGAAACCUAAUAGGUAAACCUGUUUUUUUGUUUUGUUUCACGUUUGGAUACAAAUUUAAAAAAAAAGUACUAUGUUUUUGGUCAACGGUGGUUUUUUCAAUGAGCAUAUAUAUCUGAAAGACAAUCAGUUUUGCUUCGGAUAUUUACUUAGGUAUGAUGAAUCUUACUAUUUCAAUUUAUGAACGCUUUCUUAAGUUGAUCAGUCUGGAUAGGUAGGUAAUAAGUUUUCUAUUUUCAGAUCUUUAUUUGUUUAAUUUUUUGUAAUAGACAACAAAGUUAAAAUGUGUCAAUAAAAAAUUUAAUUGAUAUUUUUUCUCAUUCUCUAGAAUUUAAUUUCCUUAAAUGGCUAUUGUUCCCAAUACAAUAAGUUCCACAAAUGAAAAACCCAUCAUAGUUUCUGCAAAGUCUUUAUUGAAUUCCGCACAUUUAUACAUUCUAAAGGCUUCAUGAGAAUGAUAAAACAUAAUAUUUACAAAAUAACAUCCUCCCUUUCUCUCUCAUUAAGGUGUUAUAAGAUUUUAAAACCUUUAUGCAACCAGAUACUGACUACAAUAAAUAUGCAAACGGUCCAUGCUUUUGUAGGAAUUACGGAUAAAUAUUAUGUAAUAUGAUACUAGCAGUCUUAAAAUUACCUACAGAAGUUUAAUUAUUUUUAUGGUAAAAUUCCAUACUAAUGAAAUUACAUUUGUACACAGAUUUUUCGUGAGAAAUCAAGAUAACAUAUUGCUGACAACUUAUACUCCUAGCAAUACUACUAACAACUUUUGAAACUGUUUUCGAAAUAAAAGUUUAUUUAAUUGAAUACCUGAAAUAUACUACUACACAUAGGUAGGUAUAUUAUUAUGAAGAAAUGUUUAACGACUACAGCACAAUUUGAAAAUUGUCUCAAAUUUUAUAAUUAAAACUAUACAAUAUUUACAGGCAGAUAAGAUAUUAAAAUACCAUGAGUUAGUACUUUUUGAAUUAAUGAAAACUUAUGAAAUCACGGCAUGGUUGGCUCAGAUUCAACAUAGCUUCUCAAACAUGAUUUUAAAGGGACAUUUGACGGUAUGUUUAUUCAGAGCAUUUUUUAAUAGAACCAUUAUAAGAGCGCUGAACACCCUUUUGAUACAUUAGUCGCAGUACAAAAUGCGUCCAGAACUUGAUUCUAAGCCAAAUACCCCAUACACACACAAUAUACAUGGAGGUUUGCUUGAUCACAUUAUUUUUAUUAACAUCAUCAGAUACAUAUGCUAAAAUAUUACAGCAUAUUGUUAUGCCAAAGAACCAAGCUGGCAGUGAACUGGCCAAUUUCAUUGAUUAACUAUCACAUUACAACAUUUUUGAGCAUUCUUCUCAAUUUCACAACAAUACUUUAUAUACACUUAAAAGUAGAUUAAAGUAGUCUUAAACUUGUCACAAAUAUAAAUGCUCUAUUUACAUAAUAAACGGCUUUCAAUUUUCAAAUGUCUAAUGAACUUAGGAUUAGCAAACAAUUAACAAAAUAAGAAGCAUUAUUUUAAAAUGUCAUCAAGAUCAUAUAAAUUCGAUGCAUACUAUGGGUACCUAUUUUUUCGUACACCCCAAUCCAACUUACUGGAAAGCUUUGUAUAAAUAGGAAUCGACAAAAAUCUAUUUGUUGCAUGUCAAAAAAAUUGCUAAGAUUUCCGUUGCUAUUUGGUUGGUUUGCGAAUCAGCCCCCGUAGCAUGGGUCCCGCGACGCCCUUUU